AUGCCCAUUGCCGCCGCCAACCCUCGCCCCAACCCUCGCCUCCACCGACGCGCCAGCAGCGGUGUCGACCACGCGGCCGAGACGCAGCUCCUCCACGCCCCCUUCCUCGGCGUAGAGGAAGCGCUGCCAUGGCAGCACGCUUCGUUUGCUGUCACGGGCUUUUGCGUCGCGCCGGCGACCGAGACGGCGCCGCUCUUCAACGUGGGCUGCAUGACGUGCGGCUCGUCCAUGGCGUCGGUGCUGGAGGCCGCCAAGGGCGAGCUACGGCUCGACUUGCCGAGUUCAUUUCUGACACUGCCGUCGUUUGUCUACCGACUGCAGAUUCAAACGGUCGGUGACGAGCCGUGGGGCAAGCUGCGCAUGAUCCAGCGCAUCUACUUCGCCAAGGACGACGUCUUUGUCCGCGACGCGCGCUUCCUCGGCGCUACCAAGGUCGAUGACGACGGCGUCGUGGCGUGGGACAUUGCGUGGCCGACCAAUCCAUUUAAAGCGCGCAUCGACCGCGGCCGCUUUCAACAGCGCGACGAGCCGGUCCGCAGCGACAUCUUUUACUUUGUCAACGAUCGGUUUCUCGCCCACCACCGAACGGUCUUCCGCUUCGUCUCGCCGCGGGUCGCCAACGCCAUCUUGCUGCAGCGUGUUGAGGAUAAUGCGUCGCUCGACCACGUACACCGCGCACUCCACAAAGCGACGUUCAACCGACGCGGUCCCUGUGUCCAGGAGGCGACGCAGCUGCUGCACACAGCGGCCAACCACCGCGCGUGUCCGACGCUGCAGCUGCUGCUUGCCCAUGGCGCCGACAUCAACAGCGUCGACUUGGCGAACCACACGGUGCUGCACAAUGCGGUGCAGAAGAAGGACUUUGAGAUGACACGCUUCUUCCUCAAGCAAGGCGCGAGCGUCGAUGGAGCCGUCAUCACGACGGCGCUGACUCCGCUGCAUGUCGCCAUCAUGGGCGGCAGCAUGAGCAUGGUCGAGCUGCUCUUGGACGCCGGCGCUGCGAUCGGUCCAGCGUGUGCGCUUCGGGCCGACCCGUGCGAUGUUCAGCACUGCGACCAUGCAACCGCGCUGCAGUGUGCCUACGUGUGGCGGCAGCCCGAGAUUGCGUCGCUGCUGUUGCGCAAGGGCGCCGACGUCAACGACAACCGCGGCGCUUACCCGCAGCAUAGCAUCUUAGCCAACUGCAUCAUGGCCCUCCAUGGCGACGAGCGCAUGGCGCACGUGCUGGCGCUCUUGGAGCACGGCGCGGUGGCCAGCAUCCACCGCCUCAACAAGAUGGGUGUCUCGGCCAUGCAUUUUGUGGUCAAGCACCAGCUCUAUGCGAUCGCCGAGCUCUUUGUCCACUACCAGUCGAGUGCCAACCUCCCGAUGUUGGACGAAGCGGGGCUUGUCGCCCUCGCUGUGGCACUCAAGGACCGACGCAUGCUCUCGAUUCUGGGCCACGCGCACUCGCGUGUCCUCCCGCCCGAUGACGCGAUGGCCGAAGAAGCGACGUACGAUGCGAUUGGCGAUCACUUGGCGCUCGCCAAGGACAUGACCAUGCAUUUUGAAGCCAACGACGACGCCAACAACCAGAUCGAGUACCACCAAGCGGCCCUCGUCUCGACCGUCGACAAUGAUGCGUGGAUGCAUGAGAUCCGCGCGACGGGGCAGAUCACCGCCGAGGCCAUCUCGCCCGAUGACGUGGACGACGGGACGUUCAACGACGCCGACCACGGGCUCGUCGAGGCAGGCGACGACGGCACAAUGGUCGUCACGACCGACGAAGGCGCGGCGCAGGCGCUCGCGAUGGGCAGUGUCUACGACGGCUACUUUGUGCAGUCGACCGCCGACUCGCUCGACACGACUUGCACCAACCACAGCAUGGUCAACGCCGGCACCGAGCACGAGCUCGUCGAGGCGGGUGAUGGCAGCACGAUGGAUGGAACCCAGCCCGACAGAGCUGACGGCGGGUUCGACCUCGGGCCCAUCUACGACGCAUACUUUCGGGAUGACACGGCGUGCGGGGGGCGGACAGUGAGCGUCGGACCCAUCUACGACGCGUACUUUGACCAAACGGAAACCUUGGACGACGGUAGCCGCGUCCGGUUCGACGAAAUCGAACUGGACGAUGACGACGAUGACGCGUCGCCAAUGUACCCUAACCACAUCGCUGCCGUCUAGUGUCGGCCAC